AUGGCUUCUCUCUCUCCCUACCAGCGCAAGCACAAGGUGACCGUGGUGGGCUCCGGCAACUGGGGCACCGCUAUCGCCAAGAUCGUCGCCGAGUGUGCGGCCAGCAAUGAUUCCGUCUUCGAGAAGGAUGUGCAGAUGUGGGUGCACGAGGAGAAGGUCGAGAUCCCCAAGAACUCUCCCCACUACAACCCCUCGUCGCCUCUCUGCCAGGGUCCCCAGAACUUGACCGACAUCAUCAACCAAACCCAUGAGAACGUCAAGUACCUGUCGGGUGUCGCCCUCCCCUCCAACCUGCACGCCAACCCCUCCGUGGUGGAUGCCGUCAAGGACAGCACCAUCCUGGUCUUCAACCUGCCCCAUCAGUUCAUCAUCCGCACCUGUGAACAGAUCAAGGGCAAGAUCCUGCCCUAUGCCCGUGGUAUCUCCUGCAUCAAGGGUGUCGAUGUGAGGGAGUCGGGCAUCAGCCUCUUCUCCGAGACCAUUGGCAACAUCCUGGGCAUCUACUGCGGUGCCCUCUCCGGUGCCAACAUCGCCAACGAGGUGGCGCGGGAGAAGUGGUCCGAGUCCAGCAUUGCCUAUGAUCCUCCCCACCUGGACUCCACAGCCCCCUCCAAGGGCCCCUCCCCGACCGGCACUCCCUCCGCCUCGACCACCAACCUGGCCGAGUUUGAGCACCGCGAUGUCUCGGGCCAGAUGUCCAAGACCAAGCUGCAGGCUCUUCCCUCCGACUACCCCCCCAUUGAUCACAACACCCUCAAGCUCCUCUUCCACCGUCCCUACUUCCACAUCCGCGUGGUGCACGACGUGGCCGGCGUCUCUCUGGGCGGUGCCCUGAAGAACGUCGUCGCGCUCGCCGCCGGCUGGGUCGAGGGCAUGGGCUGGGGCGACAACGCCAAGGCUGCCAUCAUGCGGGUCGGUCUGCUGGAGAUGGUCAAGUUCGGUGAGAUGUUCUUCGGCAACACGAUCAACACCCGGACCUUCACCGAGGAGAGUGCCGGCGUGGCCGACAUGAUCACCAGCUGCGCCGCGGGCCGCAACUUCCGCUGCGCCAAGCUUAGCAUUGAGCGCAAGCAGCCCAUCUCCAAGGUCGAGGAGACCGAGCUCAACGGCCAGAGCUUGCAGGGCACUCUGACUGCCAUCGAAGUCAACAGCUUCCUGAAGAGACAGGGCUCCGAGGAGGAGUUCCCUCUGCUCACUGCGGUUUACCGCGUCCUUGAAGGCUCUAUGGCAGUCGAGGACAUUCCUUCUUACAUUGAGCGGUAA